AUGAAGGGCGAACGACUCAGGUCAACAUUUGGCCUGCUUCUGCAGAGCGGCAGUGCCUUUUCAAGGACAGGACAAAUCCGACAACUUCACAAGACACGACCUGCGCAUCCCAUCCCUAAGCCUGUACCCUUCGUUCCCGAUGUGCCGACUUUUCUCACCCUGAUCGGCCGCGGCCUCAACAAAUACGCCAACAAGUUCCCCUCAUGGAACGCUCUCUUCUCCCUCACCUCGCCGCAACUCAAGGAGCUGGGCAUCGAGCCACCACGAAACCGCCGAUAUCUUUUGCACUGGAUGCAGCGAUACAGAAAGGGAUCCCUGGGACCUGGUGGAGAUUUCCAGUAUGUGAAGAACGGAGAGGCUGUUCUCAAGGUUGCGACACCACCACCUUCGACCUUGAGUGAUACGAAAUGGGUCGUCAACGUGCCCCACGACAUCGCCCCCGCGGUUGAGGAAGAGGCUACUGAUAAGCCCUCCAAGAAGGCCAAGAAGGCCCCAACGCAUGUCAGCUCAGAACUAGUGCGACCAAACGGAUACAAGGUCGUGGGUGCCCAAACGAUCGCUGGACCUUAUGCCCGACCUCUGGCCGGAGCUUCAGGAGUUAUUGUGAAGGUUACAGAAGGAAUGUGGGAGGACCGCCAGGGCCGCAAGAUUGAUGGUGGUGAGCGAAGAAGGGCCGAGACCAGGUUCAAGAAGAGAUCUGCGGAGCGAAGAGCUGAGCGGGAGGCCGAGAUGUUGGCCAACAUGUAG